GCAUUUCAGACUAUCUGUAGUUCUGCCGCUGCUGGUAUUGCUUUGAUUUCGUCCCAAAUCUAUGAACAUAGCUGUUAAUCUCACUGAUAUUUUCACACUUUCGCACUGAAUUGCUGCCGUUUUGUGACAGGGAUCAUUGAGGCUAAAAGUUUCGCCAGGCGAGGCAGCGGGCUCCACGCGUAGCAGCGAGAGCUUCAAGAGAGAGGAACACCAACAACCACAGCUCUCCCUCAACCACAAAACACCGUCAAAAUGGAGGUCUUAUUGGGCAUCACCGGCAAGGACUUCACCCUCAUCGCCGCCUCCAAAGCCGCAAUGCGAGGAGCAACCGUUCUCAAAGCCUCCGACGACAAGACGCGCGCCCUGAAUAAACACACCCUGAUGGCCUUCUCUGGAGAAGCUGGAGACACAAUCCAAUUCGCAGAAUAUAUCCAAGCCAACGCCCAACUGUACUCCAUGCGCAACAACAUCGAUCUCUCCCCGUCCGCUGUUGCCAACUUUGUCCGUGGCGAGCUGGCCUCUUCCCUCCGCUCCCGCAAGCCCUACAACGUGAACCUCCUCCUGGGCGGCGUGGACCCUAUCACGGACAAGCCAUCGUUGUACUGGCUCGACUACCUAGCAUCGCUCGCCCCCCUUCCAUACGCCGCCCACGGCUACGCACAAUACUACUGCCUCUCCAUCCUCGACAAGCACCACCACCCGGACAUCGACUACGAGCAGGGAAUUAAGAUUUUGCGGAUGUGCACGGAUGAGUUGAAGAGGCGACUGCCGAUUGAUUUUAAGGGGAUGCUGGUCAAGGUUAUUACGAAGGAUGGAAUCAGGGAGGUGGAGUAUGAGGAUGGUAAGAGUGUUGCUUGCCCUUAGGUUGUUCUGGGCUGGGGUGGGACAAUACAGGGUGGCGUGGGUGUACAAUAGCAUGGCAUCAAUGGCGAAUUUGGCUUCGUUUCAGUCAAGGGUCAAGUUUUUCUGGGUGAGUAAGAUAUGUGAUGGUUCUGUUCUUGGGCUCCAAGUGCUCAGAGUAUGGCAGGACAUUAAUCUGUGAUUGUACUGGCUGUCUUCUGGACUUUCCUCCUUUCCUGACAUGGGUUUCUAGCAACCAUCGGAUCGGAUCCUACUCCAUUACCUUCCUCGAUGUUCCCAGCUGCUUAGGACAUUCAUUCAAGAAUAUCCCAGC